AUAUAUCGAUCGGUCUGCGCAAACGUGGUUUUGACUAGAAGGGAUACAGCUACCUCCUCUGGGCAUGCGCACUUCAAUUCCACAUAAUUUUUGUCACUCUGAAAACAGUUGAUUAAUAUUUAGUUAUUAUUGUAAGGUUAGGUUUAGGGUUGGGGUAUGUGUAGGCGUUAGUUUAUGUAAUUUAUUCUAAUUAUAUGACGAGAUUAUGCACCACUUCCGGCCGUAGCUGUAUCCCUUCUAGCAACAACCGCGCAACGUCGCCAUGUUGUGCGCGCGCUGUACACAUCGGAAGUGACGCGUUGCAGGGAUCGGGAUACCUCUUUGCUCGUGCUGCAGCUUUGUUAAGUUGUUUUGUUGUGUGUGAUCAGAUAUGAAUCAGACUGCAGCGCGUGAGCUAUGUGUGAUGGAUCAGACUGCAGCGGAUGAGCUGUAUGAAGCGUUUGCUAUGUUAGCCGGCAGUGACCCCGAUAACUGCUCUUACACAAAGCUUUCCUGUGGCUCAGUGGUUGGAGCAGGGGUGUCAAACUCGAUUUCAUCCCGGGCCACAUCAGUGUAUUAUGGUUGCUUUCAAAGGGACGGUUGUAACUGUAUAUAAAUGUAUCCACUCUUUUAUCACACUGCAUAAUUACAUAUGCAUUUAAUUACUCCUUUUGGUAAUAACUCAAUUAAUACCUAGUUUUGACAGUAAAAGACCAGUAAAAUAAUGACAAAGUGCAUUCAAGUGUACAACUAUUGUACAGUUUAUUUAAAAAAAAGACAUGUUUCUGUAUGAAUAUAUAGUUGGUCUGCAUAGUGUUUUUUGACAAGCUAACAUUUUUAAAGGCCUUUCUGGUCAGGGCACACUUGCUCACAUAUCUUCAGCAUACACUGCUUUAAAAAUGUACCUUCUGAAAAACACUUGGUAACACAAUUAAAGCUGGUUUUCACGGCUUCAUCAUUUUUUGCAGAAGCAUUUGCAAAAAAAUUCUGCCGAAAAUGCAAGUUUUUUUUCCAACUCUUGUACCUUUUGUUGCUUUUCUUGGUGGCUAAGGUUAGCAUACUUUGCUCCAUGUUUGGUUUCGAAGUGCCGAUGUAAAUUGUACUGUAUUCUUUAAGCACAGCCACCCCUGUUGAAAAAACCAGCAUAUGCUGGGUUAGGUAUGUUUUGAUGCUGAUUGGACCAGCUUAAACCAGCUAUGGACCAGCACACGACCAGCUUAAACCAGCACACGACCAGCUAAACCAGCACAAACCAGCAUCAAAACAUACCAAACCAGCAUAUGUUGGUUUUUUUAACAGGGACGGCCUCCUGGCAAAGACGACACAAUGGCUUGUUUCCAUUAAGCACAAACAUGUAUGCUUUCCCAUCCCUCUUGAAAUAGCCUCCCCUCUGCAUAAAAUCGUGAAAUGCAUAAAUGUAAAUGUAAUAUGAAUAGAAUAAAACAUGAAAAACACCUAUGCGUUAGCAUUACCUUAAAGGGAUACCAAAAACUAAAUUUCCCCAUGUUUUACUAACCCUCAAGGCAUCCUAUUUGUAUAUGACUUGAUUCUUUCAGAAUAAUGCAGUCUGAAUUAUAACACCACGUAUCCUGGCUCGUCCAAGCUGUAGAAUGGGAGUGAACUGUGACAAUGUAAAAUGGAGAUUUCGAAGCUCCAAAAAGUUCAUCCAUCGAUCAAAAAACUGCUCCACUCGGCUCCGUGGAGUUAAUAAAGGCCUUCUGACUCGAAUCUAGGUGUGUGUGUUUAAGAGAAAUAUCCAUUUUGACAACGCUAUUAACACAAUGUCUAACUUUCAACAACCAUCUUGUUCUCGCUAGGGCCGUCACGAUUAUAACAUUUGGCUGAUGAUUAAUUGUCUAAUAAAUCAUUGCAAUUAUGACGAUUAAUUGUCUGUUUUAGGGCUUUGACAUUUAAUUCUCAUAUAUUUUUGAUUCGGCUUUGAAAUGACCAUAUUGUUCAGACAAUGUUUUUUUUCUCUUAAAAAAUUGGGUCAUCAUAUAUUUAAGGUGUGGCUUUUACAUGUCAAUAAUACAGCCGCCAAAUACAUGUAAAACGAGUGAAUUGAAGCCACCAUUAAAAUGCUAUUGGUCAUAGAAAAGCUUUAGUUUUUUUCUCUCUGGCAAGACUACAAUAAAAUUUGACUUCUAUGUUAAUGAAAUUUUGUUAGGCUGGUUUUUGUCACGGCUCAGUGACGGAAGAACCCAAGUGCAGGCAGCGGGAUUGAAGGGGUUAACAGAGAACAGCUUUAUUUAAAUGCAAAACUAAAAACCCACGAUGGGGAAAAAGACUGGAACGUAACAAAAUAUAAACAUGAAAUAAAAGACUUCCCACGAUGGGGCAAAACAAGAAAGAGAAUAACUAGACUUAUAUCCAAACAAGGCAAAACUCCAACACGGUAAAUAACUAUAACAAGACAGGGUAGCAUGUAAACCAGACACGUACUUGAAUGGCAAUAGCACAAAACACACACACCAGAGACAACGAACGAGCACAGGACAAUGAAACAUGAGGGCAUUUAUAGGGGAACAAACAAAGGAAGAUAACGAGGGGCAGGUGAGAAACAUAAGACAUGGCAGGGAAGUAAUACAGGAAACGAGAGGGGCGGGGCCAAUGGCGAGACACGAGAAAGCACAUGAGAUGUAAAAACGUAAACAACUCAUGGCUUUCUCACAUAAAACCUAAGGACUCUGUCCCGAUCCUGCCACACGACUAGAAAUUCAGAAACAAGAGGGCAGGACCGUGACCGAACCCCCCCAAUGAACGGGGAAAACGUCUUAUUAUCUUUUGGGAGACGCCUGUGUCAUUUCCGGUCAAAAAAAAAACUUGCUGGUUGAAUAAAAGUAACUUGGAGUCAGAAUUUUCCAGGGGUAUGAAUAAUUUCGGGCUGGACUGUAUAUUGGUUGAUUUAUUCUUUUUUUAUAUUUUGGAUUUUUAAAAACAAGUAGAAGUCGUGUUGAAUGUCAUUUUACCUAGGUGAAAUGACCACAGUUUUAACGUAAGACAAGGAAUCAGGUUGAAUGGAAUUUACGUUUGUUUUACACAGAGUGAACGACUUCAACAUGAGUUUAGCAUGUGUCAGAGUUUAGCAUGAUGCUAAUAGCAUCACUGUUAGCAUACAUACCCCAUGUAGACGGAGCAGCGAGAGAUGAACUACAGUCUGUACAGUUCAUGAAGCGUGUGUACGCGCGUGCAGUCAGCGGACAUGAGAGAUGCGCGUCAGUCAGCAGAGACUCGCGGUCCAGUGGACCCACAUGCGAGUAUAAACGAGCUGUGAAAGACAGGUUGUGCACGCGCACGUUUACAUGUUUACUUGUGGCUUUGAGUGUACUGACGGCUGUGACGUUCUUGCCCGCAUCACGGGCAACAGAAGAUAGGCUUGGAAUCGGCAAGAUGUGAGACUGACCGGCCGGACACUGAUCCGGCCGAUCAUAUGAAAAACCGGCCGAUUCCGGUCUCUUGCCGGUCAAUCGGUGCACCUCUAGUAUUUUUAUAUCUGUCCGCAGUACCUGCAUAUGCAACAAUAGUUCUUCAUUUUGAUGUUUCUACAUCAACUGCAUGAUUCCAGAGCAGACUUUUAUGCAUUAUUUUACUAUUACUUCCGUUUGGGACUUUUACUAUUGUGCCAUCAGACAUGCGCACAUAAACAAAACUGAGAGAAAACCGGUAAAGGCGUUUGCGUAAACGGCAAAAAGCUACCUCUGCCGAAUGGGUUUUGCUUAUGCCGUUUAUGAGCUUUCCCAGAUAAAAUAAACCAUUUUACACGUUUACAUGACCUUACAUAUAUCAGCUUAUUAAGCAUAACCGGAGUAAGACUGUGCAUGUAAACGCACUCAGUGAUGCGCUGAAGAGUUGCAUUAGUUUCCUCCUAAAGAGCUGCAUUAGGAGCUGUAUUAGCGGUGUUUCUUGGCUGUUCAAGUGAAUAUUGUUUCUUUUGCAUCCAACAAGUACUUUUAAUUUCUUGACAAGUUUUCCUGAAUGAAUGUGGCAUAUAUCACUGUGAUGUUUUAAGAUGUGCAGUUGGCUCGUUGAAUCAGCGUUAUACUGUACUAGGGGUGUCCCCGACUAAGGAUUUACAUUGUCGAAUCAUACGUGUGUGUGCGUGCGCGCGGACAACACCAGGUGGUUAAGGGUACAGCGCAACAUUGAUGCACCAAAAAACAAUCGCACAUUAAUUUACAGAAUUUGUUUAGAACAUAAUAUACCUUUAUAAUAAAUAAAAAUAAGAAAUGAAACGAACCAAAAUAAGCCAGAAUCAAGUCACAAUGUGAAAAUAAAUGUGUUUAGGUAAAAUGUCUGAAAUGCAGGGGAACAUAUAUUCAAAACACAAGCCACAAAUAGUAAAGUUAAUGGACAUUUUUCCUUAAAUGUCACGUAACAAUGCUGUGCCAUACAAUACUAGACCAGAUCUCACGUCAAAACUGUUUUUAAAACUAAAUACUAUACUAGAUAAUAAUGAAUUAUUUUUACAAACGGGAAUACAGCACAUUCAUUACCAAUGAACUACCAAUAAAGUGACUUUAUUUACCGCAUGUAAAGGAGGAAUGCAAUAAAGCAUCUUACCAUUUAAACAGUCAAAAAGUCCCUUCACCUUUUUUCCUGCGCACUCUUUCUCCGUCCCCCUGACACGCACGCUUGCUUUCAGUGCAGAGAAUGACAAGAUCCCAAAGUCUGCGCCGUGCUUGCUAUAUUCGGUGAUUUAGAUUAUUUUACUUUAUUAUUUUUUUGUAUCAUGCAGCGCAAAGUUCAGUCUAAGUAACUAACCAUGAGCAUUUACAGACAAAGUGUUAAUUCAUAUUUAAAUGCCCAAACAUUCAGUAAGUGACAAAUGUCUGGAAACGGUGUACACAUUCAUUUGUGAGUGAUCUGCGGGUGUGUAUGGAACGUGCUGCUUCUCUUCACCGGUCUCACAGCACAGAAGACGAGGAGAGAGACGCGAUCCUGCGCUGGGUCAUAGCCAGACCUCGUGCUCAUAUGCGCCGGGAGUUUCGGUACCCAACCCUAAAAAUCUCCCAUUUCUUGACAUCAUAAAUCAUAUUUAGCGGAGCAGUUUGUGCCCAUCUGCUGCGCCACUGCCCAUAUCACCACAGUGACAUGAUCCUCACUGCAUAACACCUCUGUGAAGAUUCCACUGUGAGAUUGGUAGUCGAAUCGGGCUCCUCCUAUCCAAGCAUCCAAUCUUCAACUAUUCGCGGUCACCCUGUGAGACCAGCAGGGGGUGCUCACCCUGUGGUCUGUAUGGGUCCUAAUGCCCCAGGAUAGUGAUGGGGACACUAUACUGUAAAAAGCACCGUCCUUCGGAUGAGAUGUCAAACCAAGGUCCUGACUCCCUGUGGUUAUUAAAGAUCCCAUGGCACUUCUCGUAAAGAGUAGGGGUGUAACCCCGGUGUCCUGGCCAGUUCCCCAUCCCAUGUCAAUCAUGGCCUCCUUAUGAUCCCCACCCUCCUAAUUGGCUCUAUCUCUCUCUCUCCUCUCCACCUAUUGCUGGUGUGUGGUGAGCGCACUGGCGCCAUUGUACUGUGGCUGCCGUCGCAUCAUCCAGGUGGAUGCUGCACACUGGUGGUGGUUGAGGAGAGACCCCCCCUCAUAUGAUUGUAAAGCGCUGUGGGUGUACAGCAAUACACAGAAAAGCGCUAUAUAAAUGCCCCAUUCAUUCAUUCACCCCUAUACUGUACACAGCGAGUUCACCAGUAUGAACGCACAUCGUGAUCAGAACAAAUUGCAAACGAAUGACUCUUUUGAACCGAUUCAUUUAAAAAGAAUAUAAGAGAUCAGCGAAUCAUUUGAAACUCUGUGAAUCACAAGGGUGUGAAUGCAGGGCUCUAGAGUGCGACCUUAUUUCUCAAUGGUGGGACUAAAAAAAAUCUGAGGUCGCACCGGUGCGACCAGCCGUUCGAGGGAGAAAAAAAGUCUCCGCGACUCUGAAAGUCUCCCUGUGAUUCAACAACAGACACACAUUAGGCCCAUAUCGUGGUCUAAACCAAUCAGAGAUAGUGAAGGGCGGACCUCCACUCUGACUGGCCGUGGUCCAGAUUUUCCUGUACGUGUGUGUACGAGAGAUCGCGUUAACCGAAAAUUCUCUGUCAUUGACAGAUUUUUUUUACCAGUGACGGAAAAAUCUGAAGGCCGUUCGUUUUGACGGAUUACAAUGAGGGCAAUUUGUAACUCCCCAUUUCCCUUCAUUAGAGCGUGAUAUGCUCGCGAAGGGACGUGCGUGUUUUCACCUGUCGUUGUUACUGACUGGACAUAUGUGAUGCGAUCUGGGAAAACCCGUCGGAUGUCGCGCUGGGACGCGGAAAGACAGUUCACCUAUCAAAGUAAACCACAUAACAUGAAGAAUGAAGGAGAAUCAAUGCACAUUUCCCGCCAGUCCUGUGUAAACUACGGCAUGCAAAGUUUUUUAUACAAUGUUUUCGUGAGAUGACAGAGCUCCCCGUCUGCAGCACGGGGAGUUAUCCCCGGUCCGCUGCUCAUGCGAGCCGGACCGCGAUCGCAAAACAUACAAGGGAUGAUCAAAAGUCCGGACACUAUGCACAUGAUAAACAAGGUAAAACUUGCUUCACUGCUUAUUAGUUGUUGUCCGUAAUGUUUGCUCCUUGUGUAGUGAUAACGGCAGAGCUCUCGUUCUUUAAGUGUGCCCGCACCAUUUUCCUUACUUUCGUUUUAUUCAAAUGGUUUUGUACAGUAUUUUUAUAGACUUCAACACUAGGAAAUGUUUUUUUUUAUUAAAUUGUAAUUAGAGUAAGUCUUUUACCACUGUAAAGUGACUUUUACUUGUGAUGCUGGACUGUUGUGCUUUUAUUUUCAUCACAUAACUUUAAACCCGUUUUCCUCCAAAUUCAGUUCCUGAAAAUCCUAACGCUUCAGGCGACCUCACCCAUAACUUUUGUUACAUACACAAGGUAUGAGCAAAAUAAAAACUGAUUUGAUGAGGGUUUGAAUAUGGUAUCAAAAACUGUAAUAUAUAAAUUUGCACCAUGUGUUGGUUUUUCCCAGAUCGAAUCACAUAUGAACAUAAACAUUAAAACAUUAAAUAUACAGAUGAAUAUAAACAACAACGGCUUUAUUGGGCAUACAGUUGUAUUAAAAUACAACAAGUUCCGAGACGCAAGUACAGCGUAAUGAUGUCACGGACAUACUAAUUACCACCUUGCACCAUAGUGAUGGGUAAUAAUAGAUUAUGACGGAUUUUUUACGAGUCUGUCAGUCAAAAUGACGGAUAAUAAAAAUAAAAAAGUGUAGCGCAACCUCUGGUGUGUACGUGUGAAAAUGCGUGUGCUGCAGUCGGAAGGAGAGGUGAGUAGCCUAGGCCCGACAGAGUGGAUGUAGCCGCGGAUGAUGAGAGAAGAUGAAAAGUUUUAAGAACUUUUGUGCUGGUGCACCUAAGAAAAAAAUUUAGGCGCACCAGUGCAACCAGUUCAAAAAUUUAGUCUAGAGCUCUGGAAUGAGUUUUGUUCAUUUAGUAAGACUGGUUUAUUCUGUUGACUAUUUUUGUGCUGGAAAGUUAGUUGAGAAUGAUGAAAAGCUUGGGCUACAUUUAGGGAUGUAACGAUUCACCGUGAGCCGGUUGAAAAUCGGUUAUAAUGAGUGACGAUUCAAAUCGGUUGAGGUGUGAACUGAAUCGCAAUACAUUUUUUGAACAGCAGGGGCCGCCAUGUUCACUGCAAAUAUAAACAUGGACAUGCUGAUAUUUCUUAAAUGCAAAAAAAUCAUUUUUUCAGACAGAAAAAACAGUAUUAGACAGUAUUAGUUUGUUUAUAUUAAAGAGACUUUUUCUAUUAUUAAUUUGUUAAAAAAUUGCAGUUUAGUUUUGUUAUUUGAAAUAAAACAUAAUUUUAUUAUACAAAGAAACGUGAAGCAUUUAAGAAAUAAUGCAAGGGAAGUUGUUCAUUUCUAAUUUGUUUCAACUCAUUUUGUAAAAAUAAAUCGUGAGUAAACCGUGAAUAAAUCGCAUCGUGAGAUCAGAAUCGUGACUCGCAUCGCAUCUUGAGCUGAGUGAAUCGUUACAUCCCUAGCUACAUUGGAUUUCAAACAACUUUUCUGUUGGGUUGAAUAAGGCCGUUUUCAGAUUGGGGUCGUUUGUUGCGGUCCGAACUUGAGUGCGAUUGUUCCUGGUUUGGUUUCACACUCAACUUGAUUCUGUCAAACCCUCCCUGCUGCGUUUGCGUUCGUCUUACGUCAUCAGAAAUGUGUACUGCGCAUGACAGAAAACAGAACACGGAUAAAUAUAUUGUGUUUUUAUUCAUUUGGUGAUAUGCGCAGCAGAGUAAAUGACAUUUGGGUUUAAUGUAUGCGCGUUGCAUGCAGACGGCUUUCUGCUGCUUGCAAACAGACUAUUUUGAGGAAACCGUGGAUUACCAUUGACCUGCCGAUCUGAUUCCACUCGCAAUGCUGAAAUGCGAUGCAGGCUCACUCUUACUCGAAUCCAAGGUAAAUAUUUAACAUUAUCAUCUCUUGCAUGUGUUUUGUUGAAGGAAAUACAGUGCAUCCGUAAAGUAUUCACAGCGCUAAACUUUUUCAACAUUUUGUUAUGUUACAGCCUUAUUCCAAAAUGGAUUAAAAUCAUUAUUUUCCUCAAAAUUCUACAAACAAUACCCCAUAAUAACAAAGUGAAAGAAGUUUGUUUGAAAUCUUUGCAAAUUUAAUAAAAAUAAAAAACGAAAAAAGCACAUGUACAUAAGUAUUCACAGCCUUUGCUCAAUACUUUGUUGAAGCACCUUUGGCACCAAUUACAGCCUCAAGUCUUUUUGAGUAUGAUGCUACAAGCUUGUCACAUCUAUUUUUGGGCAGUUUCUCCCAUUCUUCUUUGCAGGACCUCUCAAGCUCCUCAGGUUGGAUGGGCAGCGUCGGUGCACAGCCAUUUUCAGAUCUGUACAUCGUAAUCGGCUUAAACGCAUGCGAAGGUCAAUUUACUUCCUCAUCAAGUGCGCACCCGGGUCCGUGUUGCUUUCAUAUUCAUGCGAACCGCCCCACAGUUGGAGAGCAAACGAACUCAGAGCACCUCCUUCAGGUAGUCUCAGGUUCGGUAGCCAGGUGCGGACCCAGAUUCGAUUGACAGCUUUCACAUUAGCGAUUUUUCAUGCGAACCGCGCCCCGCUCCGAACUAAACUUCAAGUGUGAAAGCCACCUAAAUGUAAUAUAUAAUAAUAAUAUAAUUGUCAUUUUUAUCUAAUUCAGAAGUUUUAUAUGUUGUUUGUAAAGUGUUAAAGCCACUUAAAGAUACGGUAAGCCUACACGUGUGUGUGUGGACAAUAUCAGGAUGGCACCACCUCCGCCUAAUUUUGAGCCAGGAAAACCCUGAAUAACUCAAAGUAUGUGAGUUAAUGUUAAUGUGACUUAAAAAAACAAAAAAAAAUUGGCGCAUGUUUUACCCCUAUAGGGGCCAAUGGCUCCUUAAUUGAUUUUUUUGUCUGGAGCCCUGAGUUGGAGGAUUAUUUUCAAGAGAUGCCAGCUGGAGAGAUAAGAAAUGAUGCAGAGAAGAAGAAACAUCUUGAGCUGCAUUUCUGUUUGAGUUCAAGUGGAUGACGAGCAUGCUGGUAAGAAGUCAAGUCGCACCAAAACUACAUCCUCCAUACUAACCUUUACUAUAUUAUACUGUACUGUACUGUACUGUUCUAAAAUCAUUUAAUGCAAGGCUAGUUGUAGAUGUUCAUUUGCUAAGUAUAAGCUGUUCUUGAUGAGGUGACAGGUGAAAUGUUAUUUUGUCAGUUAAUUUCAAACAUUAAUCAGACUGACUGGAGCUACCCUCCACCUUUCGGCCAAUCAGAAUGCAGUAUUUGAACAGACCUAUACUGUAUGCUAUAUGCUCUAUACUCUGUGCUUGUUAUACUAUAGUGUACCCUUAUACCCUGUCCUGUGUAGCGUAUCAUACUCUAUAUUAUACCAUAGUGUACUUCUUUCACUAGAUUAUGCUCAUUAUAGUGUACUGUAUCCAUAAUAUUGUAUUAUUCUCUGUUCAUUCACAUCAUAGUGCUUACACUAUACUCUCCCUAUUUUAUAUAGUUGUCUUUACUCCUAAACUGUAUCACACAGUAAUAUACUACUAUAGUUUAGGGUGAUACAUCGUGCUACUUGUAUUUGUUUAUGCCUAAUGUUUUUAUUUGUAUGUAUUGAUGCCUCUAGAGAAGAUCAUCUACACUGUAAGAUUGUCAAAAAAUGGAUGUGAAUGGAAAGCUGCACCUUUGUUUGUCGGCCCUGAACAACAUUAAAGAAGAAGAAACGACACAAGACUGACACUCAUACAAACACAAACGGCCAGCAGUGCUGCUGAUAUCAUGACAGGAGAAAACUCUGAUCCUUCCUUCCGGUCACAGACUCCCAUGAAUGAAGCUACAGGUCAAAACCACUCGUCUCUACAGAUUGUGACACAGAAACCAACUGAGAUUUUUGUACCAAGACAGAGACAGACUGACCGAAUCAUGAAAGAUCUUGAAGAUUGUGAUGAUUAUACGUCAGAGAGUUCAGAUGAGUACACUCUGUAUUCCACUUCUGAAAGUGACCGUGAUGCUGUGAAUGACGACAACGAUGAUGAGGACUGUCACACAACAAUAUCAGACACAAUACAUGGCCCGACAUCUGAAGUGUCAGACGAAGAAGAAGAAGAAGAAGAAGAAGAAGAAGAAGAACCCUGUUCUAGUCAAAACACAAAACAUGGCGUGGUAGUCAGUGCGUAUCAGAAACGAGAUGGCAGUCGAGUGUACAACAAGAGACAUUACUGCUUGUAUUGUCGUAAGCCUUAUGCCAAGAUGGCAAGGCAUCUAGAAGGUGCGCAUGCAAAUAAAUGCGAUGUGGCCAAAGCUCUGAGCUUUCCGAAGGGUUCCAAAGAGAGAAGAAAGCAGCUGGAUCAUAUCCGUAACAGAGGAAAUUACGCUCACAACGCCGCUGUUCUCAAAUCAGGGAAGGGAGAACUGGUGCCAUCUAAACGUCCAUCCAAAGAAGCGCAGGGACAAGAUUUCAUGCACUGUGCAUACUGUCAAGGGCUUUUUAUAAGAAGAGUCCUGUGGAGACACAUGCGCACUUGUAGACUUCAACCUCCGUCUGACUCGCCUAAACGAGGAAGACAACGUAUUCAGUUCAUGUGUGCGUACAAAGAGCCCCCGCCUUCAAACAUGAGCAAACAACUGUGGGAAGUCAUGAGUGCCAUGAAUUCUGACCCAAUCACAGAUGUCAUAAAACACGACAAAGUCAUCAAAGCUGUUGGACAGCACUUGCUAAACAAGGGCGGCAUGUCAGACAAGAACAAACAGUAUGUGCGACAGAAGAUGAGAGAAUUGGGAAGGCUGAUUUGCACCGCUAGGAGAAUCACCACUUUGAAAACCUUGAAAGAUUGCGUCCAUCCAAAGAACUACACGGAGACAGUCAAAGCUGUCAAGUAUACGUGCGGCUAUGACUGCGAAAGCGACAAGUUCACCAUUCCAUCGCUUGCAAACAAGCUCGGGAAGUCGCUGGUGAAAGCAAGCCAACUGUUGAAAGCUCAGGGUUUGAUCUCGAACAACAAACAGCUGGUCAAGAAUGCCAUCGAGUUUCAAGACGUCCACAGGGAAAAGUGGUACGACGUGAUCUCGGCCACAGCGAUGAGAAACAUGAGGGAAGCCAAGUGCGACGUGCCCACCCUCGUGUCCUUUACCGAAGACGUCCAAAAACUGCACACUUAUGUGGGUCAACUGCAGGACCGAUGGUAUGAGUUGCUCUCUGAAAAUCCCUCGACCAAAGCCUGGAGAGAGCUGGCCAAAGUUUGUCUCGCGCAGGUGAUUCUCUUGAACCGCCGCAGGGAAGGAGAGGUGGCCAGCAUGCCGUUGUCUGCGUUUUUAUCAAGAGACACCUUCGAUCCGUAUGAAGACGUGGACUGGGCGCUGUCGGAAGUGGAAAAAAUCCUCUGCAGACACUUGUCGAGGAUUAGCGCCAGGGGGACGUGCGCUCGACCGCUUCCUGUUCUUCUGACUCCAAAGAUGCUGUGCGCUUUAGAGCUCCUCGUUAAGCAGAGAGAGGCUUGUGGGGUUCUGAAAGACAACACGUAUGUGUUUGCCAGACCAGAAGCCAUGACGCAUUUCCCCGGCUCACGCUGUCUCCGGGGAUAUGCCAAGGCAUGCGGUGCGACACAUCCCAAGUCGCUGACGUCUGUCAGACUGCGCAAACACGCCGCAACCCUGUCGACGGUGCUGAACAUGACGAACACAGAGAUGGAGCAGCUGGCCAGCUUUCUUGGACACCACUUAAGAAUCCAUCGUGAGUUCUAUCGACACCCUGAGAAGACGCUGCAACUUGCCAAGAUGUUUAAAGUUCUCAUGGCUCUGGAACAAGGCCGAUUAGCUGAGUUCUAUGGCAGGAGCUUCGAUGAAAUCACCAUAAAUCCUGAUGAACCAGUUCUGGAAGGGGAUGAAAAGGACAGGAGCAUACAGCCGGGACACGUUUGUAUUGGUAAAACUACCGGGAAGAAAAAUCCCUGGCAGCCGCCGGAGGUGCAGGCGGUGGAACGACACAUGAUGCACUUCAUCACAUCAUGUACUGUACCAGCCAAGAGUGACUGUGAGAAAUGUUUAAGGGCUGAACCUGAAGCUUUAAAGAACCGAGACUGGAAGAACCUGAAAUUCUUCAUAUACAACCGCAUUACAGCUUAUAAAAGACGUUUGGAGUGCAAAUAAGAUCAAAUGACCAACUCUCUGCUAUGGCCAUGUUUCUACAUGUUUCAUGCACUUAACGCUGCGUCUAAAGAAGUGAAAACCUGUCGGACACUGAGCGCAUGUAUUGUUAGAACAGUGCUUUUCAGUCAUCAUUGAACAAUCAUUGUAUUUGAAAUAAGGUUCACGUGAGGCUAAAUGAAGCACACACGGUUUUGUUUAGUCUUAGUCAGCUGUUUUGAUUUAGUUUGUUCAUUCUCUCGCUUCCAGCAGAUACUGUCUGGACAUUUACACCUUGUACAUUUGUAUUGUUUCCUAAGGUUAAUCAAUGUAUUGUUUUCCUCACUAAAUAAAAAAAUCUCUACAAACGAAUAUCACAAAUUCACAUUUAGUAAAGUUAAACUCAGGCAAGUUCAAUUCAAUGAAUUAAACAUGAGUUGAUGUCG